AUGAAAAAGUUGCACCUUCGUUCCCGGGUUAGUCCUCUUGUUAUGUCUGGAGGUCAACCGGAAGCUAUUCAUACCUCAUUAGGAUGGGUAUUAUUUGGGGAAACCCUAUCGGAAAGCCAAAGCCCUAUAACUUCAGUACGUACUCUUUUCACACUGACCAGCCCUUCCUUACAGGAGGAAUUAAAGCGAUUUUGGGAGACUGAGGAAGUCACAGUUUCGAUUCUGCCGAAUCCUGAAGAUGCAUUUUAA